AGCGGUUCCCAAAAGGUGUUCCGCGGAACCCUGAGGUUCCGUGAAAGACCCUCAGGGGUUCCGCGAAAAUUCAAGAUUUCCAUAUUGUAAAUCGUUUCACUUGUGAUAAUAUUAAAUUGACGUAAUUUAUUAUUCAUUUUCAAUCAACUUGUUUUAAAAUAUUGCAUUCCAAAAUUCCAUUUAGGCGCCAUGUAGGUAGGUAGGUACGCUGUGCGUGUCACGUGUCGCGUCGCCCGGUCGCGCCGCUCGUCGUCCUCCCACCGCCCGCGCCGCUCGUCGUCCUCCCGCCGCCCGCGCCGUUCGUCGCUCUCCCGCCGCCCGCGGCAUACCGCGGCAGCUUGCGACCAUUCAGUUGAGUCAAUACGAUUACUAGGACUGCACGUGAUCAAGUUUUUGAUACCAAAUUUUAAAACUCGAAAAUAAGCUAAGAAUAAAUUCCGUACCUAGAUAGUGAUUGUUUAUAGUUUUACGAGCACUGUUUUAAGCAGUUCACGAUGGAUAAAUGGCUAAAACCUGGGAUUGCUAAGGGGAAACGUGGUGCUAGCUUUGUGGACAGUAAUGUUAAUACUUAUCAAUCUAAUCAAGCUUUUGACCAAGUCUCAUCUUCACCAGAAGGAGAGACAAUUGAAAAAAAAACGGAAAUUACCAGUGGUGCUAGUUGUUCAGGUAUUGGUACGGAAGACACUUUUGUUGAACAAAAUCAGCAAAACACAGUGAUACCAUCUACUACCGACCAUACUGAACGUCAAGCGGGAAUAUCUUCAAAAAAGAGAAAAUAUGAUGAGUCCUAUCUGUCCUAUGGAUUUAUACCGAUAGGGAAUGCUGAAAAUCCUGAUGGAAAAUGUGUUGUUUGCAGCAAGAUUUUGUUGAAUAGCUCCCUGGCACCUGCAAAGCUUAAGCGUCACCUUGAUACUAAUCAUCCUCACCUCAAAAAUAAAAACAUUAGUUUUUUUGAAAGACAAAGAGAUGUACAUCAAGCAGGUGUGACCGCUUUACAAAAAUAUGCAAAAACUGAUAAUGAAAACGCCACGAAAGCCUCAUUCAUGCUAAGUUAUAAGAUUGCACGAGCUGGAAAACCUCACACAAUAGCCGAGGAUUUUUUGAAACCAUGCAUGACUGAAGUUGUUGCCUGCUUGCUUGGAGAGGAUUCAGCUAAGAAAGUGGCAACGGUACAGUGUUCGAACAACAUCGUAUCUGACCGUAUUCAUAAGAUUUCAGACCACAUUGAAGAUGAAUUGAUUGAUAGAUUGAAAGAGAGCAAUGCAUUUGCAAUGCAACUGGACGAAAGUACGGAUGUUGCCGGACUAGCAAUACUGCUAGUUUUUGUCAGAUAUCCAUACAGAGAAUCUAUCGAAGAAGAUUUGUUUCUCUGUGCUCCUUUGGAGGCCAAUACAACUGGAGAAGAAAUUUUUAAAGUUAUUGAUGAAUACAUGAAAAAAAACAAAAUUGAUUGGAAUAAAUGUAUUGAUGUAUGCAGCGAUGGAGCUGCAGCCAUGAUUGGUAAAGUAAAAGGAACAGUGUCAAGAAUUAAAACUGUUGCGCAAAAUUGUACUAGCAGUCAUUGUAUUUUACAUCGUCAUGCUCUUGCCGUGAAAAGAGUGCCAUCUGAUUUAAAACAAGUCCUUGAUCAAGCCGUACAAAUCGUCAAUUUUGUGAAAACACGUCCACUGCAGUCAAGGCUAUUCAAAAAAACGUGUGAAGACAUGAAAAGUCAGCAUCAAUCACUCCUUCUACACACGGAAGUGAGGUGGCUUUCCAGAGGAAGGGUUUUAAACAGAUUAUAUGAAUUGCGCGAUGAACUGAAAGUUUUCUUACAGACCCUUCCUUCGCCUGCAAGUGCUAGCUAUCUUGAACUGUUACGAGACGAGCGAUGGUUGAUGAGAUUGGCUUAUUUGGCUGACAUAUUUGAUAAACUGAACACAGUGAGCAGCUCUUUGCAGGGAAGAAUGAUAACCAUAUUUACAGUGAGUGACAAAGUAUCUUCAUUGAAAGAGAAAAUCGCCUUGUGGAUUGAAUGUCUUGGACAAAAAAGGUAUGAGUGUUUUCCACUACUUGAGCAAUUUCUCAAAAAAUAUAAUCAUCUUCAAAUCGCUACAGACGUAGAGAUAAGUAUACGUGAACAUUUGACAAACCUAAAAACAUCUUUGGAGGAAUAUUUUCCAGAAGAAAAGCUUCGGUUACGGGAAAUCGAAUGGGUCCGAAAUCCAUUUAGGAUUAGUACCAAACCUUUAACACUGACUGUAUUGGAAUAUGAAAAUUUAAUUGAUAUUAAAAAUUCAUCCACACUCCAACAACUUUUCGAAUCUGAAGCUAUCAUGAACCCGAGUCAAUUUUGGAUUGGCCUGAAAAACGAAUACCCGGGCAUUGCUGAAAAAGCUAUCAUAGCAUUACUCCCAUUUGUGACAACUUACAGAUGCGAGGCUGGGUUUUCAGCGUACGCCUACACGAAAAAUAAGUUUAGGAGUAGGUUGAAUGCUGCACCAGACCUCCGCAUCCAAUUGUCGGACAUAAAACCUGACUUCGAUGUAAUUUUAAGGAAAACUAUGAAGAGAUUUCAUUCAUCACAUUAAAAUUUUUGUAAUUACCUUUUCUUCUAACUAAGUAAAUAUUUUUAUCUUAAAAAGUCUUUCUCUUAACAUCAAACUUUGCGGACACCAAUCCAAAAAGCCUCAGAUGGUGUGAUUUCA